AUGUUGGCAGGUUGUUCAAGUUCUUCAUUGUUGUCCCCGACCCGAAGAUUAAGGAGUGAAGCAGUAGCAGCAACAUCAGCGACAGUAGCAGUACAUUUCCCCAUGAACACACAGAGACUGGACUUACCCUACAGUAGUAGCUUCUCCCGCAAGGAAACACCUUCGAGCCGACCACUUGGAAGAAGCAUCUCACUCGACAACAACAGCAGCAGCAACAACAACAACAACAACAAACCUAUUGAGCGCAAGACCGGUGGCUGUUCACUUAAGCAGAGCAUAAAGCUUCCACCUUUGGCAACAACGAGAGGAAGCGGAGAAGGGUUUUCUUGGAACAACAACAACAACAGCAACAACAGAGGGAAGAAGAGACUGAAGAGAUUGGCGGAGGAAGACAAGGAGGACGAGUCUUGUUUGAGCAGAGUGAAGAGGCAAAGAGGCGAAACCGAAGAUGAUCACAACAGGAGUUUCUGGUUUGAGCAUUUCACAGCGCAGAGUUCAUCUCCAGCGUUACCUUUUUCCUUGACUUGCUCAGGUGAUGACGAGGAAAAGGUUUGUUUCGCUCCAAGCGAAGUGAUUUCUCAGCCUUUACCGAGUAAUCCAAUCUGGGUUAACUCGGUAAUUACCGAAUUAGCUGGCUUAGGCGAUAAGGACACUGAGAGUAGCCGUCCUGCACCGGUCAACGAAGCUUCUGGUUCAUCGACAAGCGCAUCAUCAGAGAGUCGUAGCUUAAGCCACAGAGUACCAGAACCCACCAAUGGCUCAAGGAACCCUUACUCACACCGAGGCAGCGCAGAGGAAAGGACCAGCGAGAACAUCAUCAACAACAACAACAAUCACAGGAACGAUUUGCAGAGGGACUUCGAGCUUGUUAAUUUGCUUACCGGAUGUUUAGAAGCAAUCAGAACGAGGAACAUAGCUGCGAUCAACCAUUUCAUCGCGAGAACCGGUGAUCUUGCUUCCCCUAGAGGAAGAACCCCAAUGACUCGGCUCAUAGCUUACUACAUCGAAGCUUUGUCCCUACGAGUCGCGCGUAUGUGGCCUCACGUCUUCCACAUCGCACCGCCUCGUGAAUUCGAGAGAACGGUCGAGGACGAGUCAGGGAACGCGUUGAGGUUCUUGAACCAAGUGACCCCGAUUCCAAAGUUCAUCCAUUUCACAGCAAACGAGAUGUUACUCAGAGCAUUCGAAGGGAAAGAGAGAGUUCACAUCAUCGACUUCGACAUCAAGCAAGGGUUACAGUGGCCUAGCUUCUUCCAGAGCUUAGCUUCGAGGUCGAAUCCACCACACCACGUACGUAUCACCGGAAUCGGAGAAUCCAAGCUGGAGCUGAACGAGACGGGAGAUCGUCUCCACGGAUUCGCGGAGGCGAUGAAUCUUCAAUUCGAGUUUCAUCCUGUUGUUGAUAGACUCGAAGACGUUAGGCUAUGGAUGCUUCACGUCAAGGAAGGCGAGUCUGUAGCUGUAAACUGCGUUUUGCAGAUGCACAAGACGCUGUACGACGGAACCGGAGCUACGAUUAGGGAUUUCGUGGGGUUAAUCAGAAGCACGAACCCGAUCGCUCUCGUUGUCGCGGAACAGGAAGCUGAGCACAACUCGAUGCAGCUCGAGACGCGAGUCUGUAACUCGCUCAAGUACUAUUCCGCGAUUUUCGACGCGAUUCACACGAAUCUGCCCACGGAUAGCUUGAUCAGGGUCAAAAUCGAGGAGAUGCUGUUCGGGAGGGAGAUCAGGAACAUUGUGGCGUGCGAAGGGAGUCAUCGGCAAGAGAGGCACAUGGGUUUUCGCCAUUGGAGGAGGAUGCUGGAGCAAUUAGGGUUUCGGAGCUUAGGAGUCUCGGAGAGAGAGGUUUUGCAGAGUAAGAUGCUGCUCAGGAUGUACGGAUCUGGCAAUGAGGGAUUCUUCAAUAUUGAAAUGAGCGAUGAAGACGGCGACGGCAGAGGCGGCGGAGGAGUCACGUUACGGUGGUCGGAUCAGCCGCUUUACACGAUCUCGGCUUGGACUAUCGGCGGAAUCGGAGGGAGUUCUUCGUUUUAA